AUGAACUUCAAAUCUCUCUUCCUGACCUUUUUCCUGGUCCUGGCGGUUGGACUUGCCCUGGUCCACGCCGAGGAGGCCAAGGAGCCUCGGGGUCCCAAGAUCACCAGCAAGGUCUACUUUGACAUUGAGCACGGCGACAAGCCCCUCGGCAGAGUUGUGCUUGGAUUGUACGGAAAGACUGUUCCCAAGACCGCUGAGAACUUCCGCGCUCUGGCUACCGGCGAGAAGGGCUUUGGAUAUGAAGGGUCUACCUUCCACCGUGUUAUCAAGAACUUCAUGAUCCAGGGUGGUGACUUCACUCGUGGUGACGGCACCGGUGGCAAGUCCAUCUACGGUGAGAAGUUCGCCGAUGAGAACUUCAAGAUUAGGCACACCCGCAAGGGUCUCCUGAGCAUGGCCAACGCCGGCAAGGACACCAACGGUUCUCAGUUCUUCAUCACCACCGCCAUUACUUCCUGGCUUGAUGGCCGCCACGUCGUCUUCGGCGAGGUCCUGGAGGGCUACGAGAUCGUCGAGGCGAUCGAGGACGUCCCCAAGGGCCGUGGCGACAAGCCCGAGCAGGUGGUCAAGAUCGUGAAGAGUGGAGAGCUGGAGGCUGAGGAGACCCCCAGCGAGAAGAAAGGUAGCCAUGAGGAGUUGUAG